GGUGAAGCUGUCGUAAGAAUAGAAUGAUCAAUAUUGCCAAAGUAGGGCCGGGCGUGCCGGCACGUCCGGAUGGGCUGAAUUUCAUACGUCGACAGUGGUGCGCUGGUGUGUGAACGAGCACGGUACCCAUCGCAUUGGGCUUUAGGGUCCAAUGCCGGAGAGCUUCCGAGCUCUUCCCCAGUUUUUUUUUUGUCCAGUCCUUUCCCCUGACCCAUGGGAUUUCGUCUCGUAGGGCUGCCGAGGGAGUGUCUCAGAUGGUCAAAAAGCCGUUCAUAUCCGACCCUGAGCCUUGGAUUACGCCUCGAGGCAGACCAAAUUACAUGUCGUCGUGUGAUUCCGAUCGAAUCAUCUAAUUUGGCCGCGGUGAUUGACAACGGUGCGGAGAGUGAAUUUCUUCUCGUAUCAUUUUUCAUUGCGUCUUCAUCUCCCCCGGCAAGCCACGUUCCUCGCUGCAGUGACCUCGAUGAGAAACGGCGCUUCAGAAUGUUCGGCAGCAAGCUAGUGUCUGGGCGCAUUUCUGCCAAUGCCCCGGACUGGCGCACGGAGCCUCUUGCAUACUUGGCAUUAUUUUCGGAUCAGGGCAUCUGGUCCCUGGCGUGCCUGGGCAUCAAGAAAUCGUGCCAGACUGCCAGUCGAGCCGAUUUAGGCUUCGGAGCCAGUCCGAAGGCCGCAGGCAUCGUCCCGAUAAGGCGAAAGCGCAAGCUCUGCAUCCUCCUGCCUCGCAUAUUCUCGCGAGUCGAUUCCUCGCAUGCUGACGGAGGAUGGCGGAACUCGAUUGCGAAAUCGUCAAACUGGCCCGUGCAAACGGUCGUCACUCCUGAGCAGUGCUGGGGGCUAUCGCGAUGCUAAUGCAGUGCUCUGGGUUGUUUGGACUUUGGUCACUGCAGAUAUUUCCCACGAUCUCCAAGCACACUCAGCGUGGAUGUCGCACCAUCCGUAGUGCUGCAGAUUGUGCUGCAGAAUCCACACAAGUUUGAAA